CGGGCGUUGGAUAAGGAGCCGGAGACGGAAAGGCUCGGCCCAACCCUGAUAUAGGGGGACCCGAGAUCCAGACCGCCAAACAAAAUCCAAGUAGCAAACAUCGCUCGAUCGAUUUCACCUAAAAGAGAAAAGAAAGGCAAAUCGCAGAUUCAAGGCGAUGGCGGCGGCGAUCCGACUUGCGGCCAGUCGGCUCUUCGGCGGCCAGCGACCCCAGGCGGUUUUCAAGUCCGUCGUCUUGCCGCUGGUCGAGGUGGGGCGUCGCCGGCUGAUUCCAAGUCUCAUCAACGGCGGCCGACCUGCCUCUUUUUCUCUCAGAUCUAUGUCCUCCGGCGGCGCAGGUUGCAAAGAGUUUUCCGGCGCCGCCGCCGCUGCCCACCCACCCAACGGCAACCGCGCCCUGAAGCAACCCUUUGGAGAACCUGUACCAAAGCUCGACCCAGAGAGAGCAUGGGCCUAUCGGCAGUACUGCGAGAUUGAGACCAAGAAGCACGAGCUCUUCUACCUGAUCGCUGAGUUGGAGAAGAGGCACCCAUAUCGUAGGUACACGGGAAAAAACAUGGAGCUCCUCUUCCAACUUUUCGGACACGUUGAUCCUAAUCCCAGCGAUCCCCUCUGGUGCCGAGCUCAUGCAAGAGAAAGACUCAACAAUUGUCUGCUAUAUGGAAUGCCUACCGCGAUGGCCACUUGGAUGUACAUGGAUUGGGAGAGUUGGAGAAAUAUGUUUGCCUUUGCACUUGGAAUUGGUCACUAGACUAGAUUUCACUAUGUCAUGAGUCCAGAUAUUGAAACUCGAGUAAAUUUCAUUAAAGUACACUUUUUUGUUGGCUAAAUGUCAAGGAAUUGCGCUUCUUCUUUUUUGUGGUCUCUUGUUUCAAGAGGCUGCACUUUCUAAACCGCACUUCUUUUAGCAGCUUAAAAAAAUAAACCGCCCCCUUUACAGCUUCUCCUAUAAGCUGUCCCCUAUUCGUUGGGGGCUUAUAUGCUAGUUAUGCGAUAAUUAGUACAUAAGCUCAGCUUAUGGGAGAAGCUGAGCAAGGGGGUUGCUUAUUUUUCACGCCGUAAAAAAAAUUGGGCCUAAAUCCAUAGCGAAACCAUUUGAAUUUUUGUUGACCUGGCCCCAGACUACUUGCAUGGAGCCUAGAUGCGGAUCCCUCCGUAGAUUUCAGAGGUGCAGCUUUCUAGCACUGAUUGGAAAAUUUUAAUUUAGCUCAGUGCUGUUUUAAAAAAAAUGCAAUUUCCUGACAUUUGGCCAACAAAAAGUGACUUUUAACAAAUUUACUCUAGCACUAUAGUACUGCUCGGUCUGGAUCCUUUGUAAGUUUGUAAAGUGAAUGGUUCACCAUCAUUCAUCUAAAUAUGUGAGUGGAUAUUGUCAGCCUAGCUCUCCAUUAUAUCAUGAUGAAAUGGAGUGAUCAUGUUAUUGUUUGGAA